AUGAAACACUCAAUUCUUCUAACUGGCUCUACAGGCUACAUUGGCACUCAUUUAGUAUCUAAACUGCUGCGCCAAGCAAAUGUUGAACGAAUUCUGUGUCCGACCAGAAAAGAGAGUCCUGAAUUAUUUUGGGAAUCGUUUGCAUCAAGUUCAAAACAAUAUGACCUGAAACUGAAUGUAUCCGAUCUGAAAUCGAAGAUUGAGCCGAUUAAAAUUGAUUUGGUUGCAAAUCGAAAUUCAUUAUUAAAAUCGUUGGAACCAUACAAUAAAACAGUGACAGUCGUUCAUAAUCUAGCAUGUGAAGCCAACUAUGGAGUCCCGAUCGAUUUCUUUAAACCAUGGAUGGAAAUAACGGAACAGUUGACUGAGUUCUGUAUGGACUCUAAAUAUCCCAAACAGUUACUUUCAACUGGAAGUUAUGGACACUAUCUGCUUGAUCAUAAGCAUGCUGCAGAAGAUUACUAUUGGAUUAAUGGCUAUUUCGGAUACAAGAAAUGGUUGAAUACUUACUUAAGCAAAAAAUUUUCACAAGGCUUGAAAGGUGUUCUUUUUGAGCCAGCCUAUGUUGUUGGUCGUUUCGAUCCUGGUCAAUCAUACAUGUUCUGGCGUGUGGCUCGUAUAUUUGCAGCAUUAGAGUAUGCUUUUCAAUAUAAAAUGCUUCUCACGCCCAUUGAUAUGAUAAUGGAUAAUUAUAUGUUAGCGUUGAAUAGUCCUGAUGCAGUACCGAAUAUACUUAGCCCGUUUAUACCAGAACCAUUUGAUUUACCGAAACUAAUACAAAAGCUCGUGCCUAAUUUGAAAUUAGUCGAUUAUGAGAUGUUUCGAAAGGAGGUCGACGAAAAAUUAGCGAAGAGAUCAAAAUAUUUUGGUCCGAAUCUGGUACACUGUAUGAAAGAAGUAGAGAAAAAAACGAAAGCCGUCUUCCAUCCGUUAUAUGAUAUUUCCAAGUACAACAAUAUCGAUGCAGCGGCAUAUUUUUUCAGCUGUGGGAGCUUGAAAGAAGCUCUUCAAUUAGGACAAAAAGAUAAACUUGGAUUUCAAAAUAAUAAACAAAAACAAGCAAAUUAA